AUGGUCAGAAUCAAAAACUUGCGGGAGAGAGACGAGAAUGAGUUUGAGCAGCUAGUGCAGUCGAAGGGUCUGCUUGGCGCGUUGGGGUUUGGUGAGGAGGGUCCCACCUCUGCUGGGGAUGGUGGAAAGCCAACACCGCGCACGCCACCAAGGCGGCCAUCAACACCACCACAACCGCACCAGAGACACGCAGGCCCAGGCGGCGGGAACGAACAUGAACACACACACGCGUCGCACCCCCACCUCGAGCAUCCACAACAGCAGCAACAACAACAGCAUCCUGCCAUGGCUCGUCCUCCUCGACCCGCAGCACCACGCCACCCACCAAAGUCAUCGUCAGCCACAACAAAAACAACACAAUCAUCAGCAACAGCAGCAAGCGAGACACCUGCACCACGGCAGCUGCUUCCCGCCAAGAAGCGCGGGCCUGUGCCCGCACCGCCAAAGCCACACCGCCCCUCUGCCAGCCAAAUGCGCGCUGCCACGCACACACCUGCGGGCAAUCACGAGCACCGCGAGCACCAUGACGGCACAACAACGGAGCCGCCACCAAGGCCACCGGCACGCGGGGUGAGCAAGGCACAUCCCACCACGGGUGAUGCUGGGACAUCGCAGGCACAGGACACGCCCGGCAAGCAACACGGGCGGGCGCGGCGACCAAGCUUUGACAUUGCAGCAACGCAGGUGCUGGAGACAUACUCGCAGUCGGAGUACACGCGCGGAAAGUUUGCAUUCAACCCUCCACGCGUUGGCGAUGACGUGCAGAUGGAAGCGCUGUCCGCACACGUGCGCCGUCAAUUGGAGCGCGAUUGCGACAUCAUCACGACCACGCUCGUGUUGCAGGAUGACCAGGGUGUCGGCGUUGGUCUUCGUGGCGAGCAGCUGCAAGUGACGCAUCUUGAUGACGACACGGAUGACGACCACGACUUGCUGACGUCAGCAGCGUCGCGCGGCGUGUUUGUGACCAUGACUGUGUCGAGUGUGGUGGAGGGCGGUGCGGCGUACGACAACGGCAACGUGCGUGUUGGCGACAUUCUCGUGAGCAUCGGCGAUGAGCAGCUGCUGGCAACGACACACGAGCGUGCCGUCACCCUGCUGCAGUCGUGUGAGGGGCGUGUUCUGGUUGUGCUUGCACGCAAACGCAGCGGCGCCAAACCAGCCCCCACGCGCACAGCGACAACAGCAACAACUGCAACAACAAAAACAGCAACACGUGAUGAUAGUGGUGAUGGUCACAGCGACGUUGCCACUUUGCGUGCUGAGGUUGAGUCGCUUCGGGCCAAGGUGAAGGUGUUGGAAACAGCAGCGACAAACGCGGGGCGGGCAGUGGACGAGAAAGCGCAGGCCCUCACGGCGACACAGCAGGAGCUGGCACGUGCGCAGGCACUGGUGGAGGAGGAGCAAAGCAAACGGCGGGACGCAGAAGAACAACUGAGGGAAAAGGGUGUGUCACUCGCCACCAUGACGACACGCGCACAGGAGGCGGAGGCACGCGUUGCCGCGCUGGUGAGAGAGGUUGCAGCACUGAAACAGCAGGUGGCGACAAGGGACAAGGAGGUGAAGCGACUGCAACUACUGACGAGCGGCACCAAGGGCGGCAGUGACACGGCGAUGAUGAAGACAAAGACGAAGACAGCAGCUGGGGUUCCACCAUCACCAGCAUCAACGCAAACACCCCACCUCGGUGAUGGCGGGAAUGAGAGAGGAGGUGCGGAUGCGCAUGGAGACAGAGUGGAGAUUGAUCGCUUACGACGGGCGCUGCAGGAGGAGCAGAGGGAGCGCCACGCCCUGGAGGCCAAGCUGAGAGAGGUUGACAGCAGGAAGGUGACGCCGGCCAGACCAGCGGCACCGCCAGCAGCAUCAGCAUCAUCAACAGAAUUGAAACCAACGCCUGCAUCAACAACAGCAGCGGCAGCGGCAGCAACUGCAUCAAGGCCAUUGACUACAGCAACGGCAGCACCAUCAUCAAAGCAGAUCUCAUCAUCAGCACCGCCAGUGGUGGCCAAGGCGCCGUCGUUUGUGUCGAAUCCAUCAAGUGCAGCAGCGACGCGAACUCGGCCAGAUGCAGAGGAGCAGGCCAUGAGGAAUAGGCAGCGUGCUGCAACCCUCCACGCACCCCCUCCCCGCCCCAAGCCAAAGCCAAAGCCACCACUGCCAUCGUCAGCAUCGUCAACAUCAACAUCAUCAUCGUCAGCAGCAACAGCAGCAGCAACAGCAACAGCAACAGCAACAGCAACAGCAGGGACAACCGCAGCAAAGCCUGUGCCGGCCGCUCGCCCGAAGCCACGCCCACGCACACACACGCUGCCAGCCAAGAUGGUGGCCAAACCCUUGCCAGCAGCUGCUGGUGAGCAUGGUGACGACGCAGAAAGCGUGUCUGACGCGUUUGAAACCAUCUCCAGCAGCGCCAGCGACACGCUUGACGUGCGGGCGCAGCGAUCACGCGCCAUGUCCGCCUCGCGUGCUCUUGUGAAGCGGCGACUGCCAACACGCGCGCAGCGGGCACGAACGGCGACGAUGGCUGGUGGCGCCAAGCCCGCGCCCCGGCCCCGCGCAGCAACAACGGCAACAGCUACAGCGAGGGCAAGGAUGAAGGCUGCUGGCGGUGCUGGUCAUGAUGCUAGCCGUGGCGGUGGUGAUGGUGAUGAUGAUGGUGGUGGUGAUGGUGGUGGUGUUGGGGUGAGCAUGAAGCGUGGCACGCUCCCUGCAUCGCCAGCUGUCAAGCCACUGCCUUCAUCGUCGGCCAAGCCACCAGCCCCACCAGGAAGACCCAUCACCAAGCCAGCAACAGCAACAGCAACAGCAUCGGCACCAGCAAAGCCGCCGCCACGACCAAAGCCACAGCCGCACGGUCGAGCGAAGGAGGCGGAGACAGGCAGCGAAGCAAAUGGCAGCAGCGAGGAGGGUGGUGCGAGCAGCGCAAAGACAGAUGACCCAGGUGUGGUGAAGCGGCGUGGUGUCAAGUUUUCGAUUGGGAAGAGCCUGCGACGCCUGAGUCGACGGCUCAGCUCUGUGGACCUCAGUGACAGUAGCAGCGACAAAGUGGCCGAUUCCCCCACCUCCCCGUCCAUGAAGAAGGCAACGCAACCCACAGCAGCAGCAACGACAACGGCGACGAUACCAGAGCAAGUCUCGAGCGGUCCAGGUGGCGAUAGUGACGUUGAUACGAGCAAGGACGUGGACAUGUGGCGUGUUGCGGAGGUGUGCGCGUGGUUGAGCAAGGCACAGAACGGUGACUUUGCAAAGUACGCCGACUCAUUCAGAGAACAGGGCAUUGACGGGCCAAAGUUGCUGCAGUGCGACAGCACGGAAGCGCUCAAGGGCUUGGGGGUGACGUCCAUUGGACAUCGCACCAUCCUCAAGAAACUCAUUGCCGACCUGCAAUCCGCAUAGCCCUGCAACAACCCGCGGCAUGUCCAGUGGAUCGCGCCGUGCAUCACGGGAACCAGUGUGCUGUGACAUGACAUGACAUGACAUGACGUGACGCGGUGGCGCACUGCGUCUGCCGUUUGUUUGCGUUAUGUUCGCAUGUCAGGUGUUGGCACGUGUGCUUGCUGUUCUUUGUUCGUGUGUGGAAGUGUGACGUAUCACAUGCCACUUUCUCAUGCAGUGGGACGCACAUGUGGUUGUUCCUUCAUCUCUUGAUGACAGUCUGCAUCAUGAACAACACGCGCCGUGCUUGCCUUUGUUACUUGACCAUGUGACACAGGGAUGUGACAUGACAAUGUGACAUGAAAUGAUGACAUAGCUCAAGUGUGUUGCGUUUUUGCUGAUGUCCUUUGUUCUUGCGCGUGCUGUGGCUCCUUCUUGGAUUAAACGCACCAACAGAGAAA